UUAAGCACGAUAGAAUCAAAUGUAACAAGAUUAUUAGUCGCAACAAAGCAUCUACUAAAUUCUUUAACUCAAUGGGCAAAACUAAAUGCCAGUGAAAAGGAUGUUUCUGACGCCUACGUCGAAUUAGGAAACAAUUUUAAACUAAGCUGCAAAGCCUUUUCUGCCGCUGGCGUAGAUGUCAGUGAUCUAGGUGAUGUUCCUUAUGAUCUAAGAGUUGUUUUGGAAAGUGCACUUUGUGAACCUGCUUCCCAAGAAACUUUGGAUAAAUUUCUACCCAAAAUUAGAGAAAUAAUAGUCCGUCUAUUGAAUAAUUUAAAGAAAAAACAGCAUUACAAAAAUGAAAUAAAACAAAGAUCCGCCUCGUAUGUCUCUCCCCCAACUCGUCAUCGUUAUCAGGCUUCUUAUCCAAUGUUUUCUAACCAACAACAAUCUCCAGAAUCCUCAGAUGCUUUAGUUCAACUACAAAAUGGAGAUUCGUUGAAACGUAGAGCUUCAAGAAGAUUUUCUGCAUAUCAAUAUGCCAAGCUAGGAAUAACCAACUCCAAAAAAGAACCCUUGCCAAAGGAUGCUGCAAUUGCUCUCUCAAACUCUAGAAAAUCAUUAAAUAUGAAUAAUAACGUUCUUAAUAACGCUAUUAGCAACACUUCUAAUAUCAUCACUACUGCAACCAAUAAUGAUGGAUCAAAUAAUCAAUUAAAUAAUGAUAAAAUUAUCCUUUUCUUAAAACUACAUCAAAGAGUCAAAAAGGUGACUCUAGAUUUACCGAUAAAUUUUAAUUCUCUAAGGUUAUUAUUUAUUGAAAAAUUUGCUUAUUCUCCAGGCUCUGAUAGCAUUUUUCCAGAUUUAUAUAUCCAAGAAAGUUUAACUGAAAUACCCUAUGAAUUGGAAGAACAAUAUUUAAGUGAAAUUAGAAAUAAUUCAAUUAUUUCAUUAAAUACUGCCGCAAUUAGCGGAAUAGAAAGUAAACAUUUUGAUUCACAUUUUAAUAAUAAAACAGAUUUACAAGGUUUAAACAAUAAACUCAGCGAGUUGAAAAAUGAAAUAAAAGCGACGAAUACAGAGCAACAAGUCACCGCACCUGGAACCCCAACUACAACGUCAAUUAAUAUAUAUGACUAUCCGGAAAUUUCAGAUAUUAGACAUGAAUUGAUGAUUAUAAAGCAAAUUCAAAAAACUAAUAAAGACGAUUUUACCAGUGUUAUUGAGAGUUUGUUGAAAAAAGUUAAGGAUUUUAAAUCAAUAGGAUUCUCAGGAUCGCAAUCCAGUAACAGAGCAUAUAUGGAAAACUGCCAUACAAAAUUAUCGAAUGAUUCUGAUUUCCUAUUAACAAAAGUCGAUGAUUUGCAAGAUGUCAUUGAAGCAUUAAGAAAAGAUGUUGCGGUUAGAGGUGCAAGACCAUCUCCAAAACAAUUAACAACGGUUUCAAAGGAUAUACAAGCAGCAAGAGAAGAAAUAGAUAAAAUGAAUGGAUACAUUGUUGCGGAAAAAACUACGUGGAAAAAAAUAUGGGAAAAAGAAUUGGAUACUGUUUGCGAUGAACAACAGUUUUUUAAUUUACAGGAAAUUUUGGUGCAAGAUUUAACUGAAGAUUUAGAUAAGUGUUUUGAAACAUUUUCAUUAGUUGAACAAUGUACCAAACAACAAGAGAAAAGAAAUAGGACUCGUCAAUUAAAACCCAUGUUGAAAAAUAUUCUAGAACCUGGAGAAUCGAUUAGUGAUGUUAGAGAUGCAGUUCUUGGAGAAGUGGCAUCAUUGGUACCCAACCAUGAAAAUAGAUUAGCUGCAAUUAAAAAAGCAGAAAGACUUCGAGAGAAAAACAAAAAAAUAAAUUAUGUUUCUCAGUUCCAAGAAGAAUUAAACGGAUUUGUUGGCGGCAAAAAAUUGAAAAAAUCUGGAGGUAUUGAAGAAGCCGAAAGACUUCGAAAGGAAAAGGAUGAAUUAAAUUUGAAAACUGUUUUU